GCGGGCGGCGGGCGCCCGCUUGGGCGGAGCGUAGUGGGCGCGGCCUGAGUGGGGCCGACCGCCUCUCAGGCCGCGCCUGCGCAGAGAUGCGGGCCUGGGCGGGCCGAGCGCACCCGCUUGGGCGGAGUACAGUGGGCGGGGCCUGGAUGAGGCGGACCGCCCCUCCGACUGCGCCUGCGCAGAGAUGCGGGCCGGGUCGGGCGGUGUGCGCCCGCUUGGGCGGGGCCUGGGUGGGGCGGGUCGCCCCUCAGGAUGCGCCUGCGCAGAGAUGCAGACCCGGGCACCUCGGUGUCCUGGAAACCCAGGGCUGGUCACAUGGUUCAGGGCUGCUGCGGAGGCCUCAGAGGUUCAGUGUCCAAAGUCAAGGGUCCUCCCGCCUUCUCCGCGCAGCUGUUCCUGAGUCAAACCGCCACGUGCAGGCGCUGGGCUGGGUGUGGUAUGGGUGCCAGGCUAGCCGACACUCCAGUCGUUUGCUGCGAAAGAGCAGGAAGCGGGCGUGCAGGAGGCUGGACACGGCGGCGCCCGAGCGGGACUGCCCCCAGCUGAGGGUGCGCAUCCCAGCGUCCGGGGGCAGCGAGGAGCCCGAGUCCCUGGAUGCCCAGCGCAGAGGCUACCUGCCCUCACUAUGGCCCGACAGUGGCCAGGGCCGACUAGGCAUGGGGGGUCCUCUGGAUGGCGGAAGGAGCCGGGCCCAGCCUUGCCCGAGGUGCAUCGCGGGAGAGUCUGGACACUUUAACCACACGGAGGACCGGUAGAAGACCGUGCCGGGAGAGGAAGGUCGCAGUCAUGGUUUCGAGCCCUCAUGCAGCGGCAGAUGUGCUCCCCUGGCUGGACCUGGCGCCCCCGUCCCCACAGCAGCCGCCGUGCUCCCGGCGGGAGGUCCCGCCUCCUCACUCCAGAACCAGAGAGCCUGCAGACCUCGCUCCUCCCGCAGCCGCCUUCCCAGCGCAGCCUGCUGGGGAAGGUCACGGCUUUAUUUGAGAGUUGAAAGUAUCCGGCAUCAAACGUCAUGUGCGGUUUGAGAGUCCACGUCCAGAUGGAAAGCCCAGCUCCAUACUUCUCUGUUGUUUCAAGGGUGUAUCCAGAGCUGCUUAUGUGCUCUUUUUUAAUUAAAAGUCUUAUUUUUAUAUUGAAAAUGCUCUGUAAUUUUACACUGAAUUUUCCUAAAUGUUAGCAUCUAGUCUGUUCUGUGUGAUUUCCCCAACUGAAGUUACCAGGUGCAGGGCCACUUUUAUAUUAAAAUGGGAGUUUCUCAUCUUC